AUGGCUACCAACAUCACAUGGCACCCCUCCCUCUCGCGCCAUGAGCGCAACCAGCUUCGCAGCCAGCGCGGCUUCACUAUGUGGCUGACCGGACUCUCUGCCUCGGGCAAGUCUACCGUUGCCACCGCCCUUGAACAGCAUCUGCUGCACCUGGGAGUUGCCGCCUACCGUCUGGAUGGCGACAACGUUCGGUUCGGGCUCAACAAGGACCUCGGUUUCUCCGAAAAGGACCGCAACGAGAACAUCCGUCGCAUCGCAGAGGUCGCCAAGCUGUUUGCUGACUCCUCAACUGUCGCUAUCACCUCCUUCAUCUCCCCCUACCGCGCCGAUCGCCAAGUAGCUCGCGAGCUACACGCCCAGGCCGGUCAGAACAACGACGAUGCCAUUCCCUUCAUCGAGAUCUUCGUCGACGUGCCCCUUGAGGUUGCUGAGCAGCGCGACCCCAAAGGUCUUUACAAGAAGGCGAGGGCUGGAGAGAUUAAGGACUUCACCGGCAUUUCCGCCCCCUACGAGGAGCCUUUGAGCCCCGAAAUUAUCAUUAGGACCGACAAGUCGAGUGUCGAAGAGUGUGUGGCCCAGAUUGCCGACUGGUUGAUUAAGGAAGGCCUUAUUUCCACGAGUAAAACGACCUAA